AAAGGCCCAGGAGCUGAGCUGACCGUCUCCCAGAGCUGACCGUCUCCCACUCGAGCUGCCCCCUCCCUCUGCACCCGAGUGACUCAGGCCUUUGUUUGCCCUUCCUGGUCCGGGCGAGUCCCCUCCUUCGGCAAGAUGCCGGAGUGCUGGGAUGGGGAACACGACAUUGAGACGCCUUAUGGGCUUCUACACGUGGUGAUCCGGGGCUCCCCCAAGGGCAACCGCCCGGCCAUCCUCACCUACCACGACGUGGGCCUCAACCACAAGCUGUGCUUCAACACCUUCUUCAACUUCGAGGACAUGCAGGAGAUCACCAAGCACUUUGUGGUGUGCCAUGUGGAUGCCCCGGGGCAGCAGGUGGGGGCGUCGCAGUUCCCCCAGGGGUACCAGUUCCCCUCCAUGGAGCAGCUGGCUGCCAUGCUCCCCAGCGUGGUGCAGCACUUUGGGUUCAAGUACAUCAUUGGCAUCGGAGUGGGCGCCGGGGCCUAUGUGCUGGCCAAGUUCGCACUCAUCUUCCCUGACCUGGUGGAGGGACUGGUGCUCAUGAACAUCGACCCCAAUGGCAAAGGCUGGAUCGACUGGGCAGCCACCAAGCUCUCCGGCCUGACCAGCACUUUGCCAGACACGGUGCUCUCCCACCUGUUCAGCCAGGAGGAGCUGGUGAACAACACGGAGCUGGUGCAGAGCUACCGGCAGCAGAUCGGGAACGUGGUGAACCAGGCCAACCUGCAGCUCUUCUGGAACAUGUACAACAGCCGGAGAGACCUGGACAUCAACAGGCCUGGGACAGUGCCCAACGCCAAGACGCUGCGCUGCCCCGUGAUGCUGGUGGUCGGGGACAACGCUCCUGCUGAGGACGGGGUGGUCGAAUGCAACUCCAAGCUGGACCCGACCACCACGACCUUCCUGAAGAUGGCAGAUUCUGGGGGGCUCCCUCAGGUCACACAGCCAGGGAAGCUGACUGAGGCCUUCAAAUACUUCCUGCAAGGCAUGGGCUACAUCGCGUACUUGAAGGACCGAAGGCUGAGUGGAGGAGCAGUGCCCUCAGCCAGCAUGACCCGGCUGGCGCGCUCCCGCACCGCGUCCCUCACCAGUGCCGGCUCCGUGGACGGCAGCCGCCCGCAGCCCUGCACCCACUCAGAGAGCAGCGAGGGGCUGGGCCAGGUCAACCACACCAUGGAAGUGUCCUGCUGAAGCCCUUGGGCCUGCCCGAGAUGCUCACCACCCUCCCACCCACAUCGAGGUCCCACUGCCGUCCCUGCGCCAGCUCAUUUUCCCUUUGUUUUUGUGAGGGUGAACAGGAGGAAAUGGGGUUACUUAUCUUUUGUUUAAAAAAAAUGAGGGCUCGACCUUGGGUGCUGCAGCAGAGUGGUCUUCGGGUGGUUUGAGGGGCUGCCCCCACCGGAUCUGCCCCACUGUGCUGACUUGGCUGCCUUGGUCCCUCUCGUCCAGCCCGGUGGCCCAGGCACAGGGCCAGGGCGGGAGGGUGGCUAAGGAAGGAGCUAGAGCCUGGGGCCCGGGCUCAGCCCCCGAUUAAAACCCUUGGCGGGAGAGGAGAGGAUGCAUGGGGUUUUGAGAUGAUUGGUGCUGGGCCCUGAUGCAGAAGCCUGGAGAGUGCAGCAGAGCCCUGGAAGGCCCUGUCCCUGUGCCCCUAGCAUGCAAGGUUCUGAUCUGUAGUACCGGUGAGGGCCACCUGGACUGUAGCCACAGGGGGCAGCUGUUAUCCUGGUGCUCUCUGGGCUGGCUGGUGCUGUAGAGCUGGGCAAGUGGGGUCUGAAGAUAGAACCAGGAGAACCCACAAUCUGGCCACCCCUUGGCCCUGUCCCAUUCUGAGCCAAGGUCUCCCUGAGGCAGAAGUCACCUGGUCCUGUCUCCCUAGUGACCUGGCUGGGGGCAGAGGGAAAGGCUGGGAUUGUGCCUCUAAGAACUUCUGGGUAACCACUAGAAGUCAGCAGGGGCCAGAGACAGGGGAGCUGAGAACUCCUAUAGACCCAGCUGCAUCGGUUGCCAAAGGGCAGGCAUCACUCAGGCGGUCAGUUUACCAGGAGGGACCAGCCCUGGGCAGCAGCAAGCCUUUGGAGGGGGCACGGCUGAGGCUUGCUAAGUCCUGGGGCGAGAGCUUAAGGUUCUUGAAGUGAACAGGACCAGGUAGAGGAGAAAGGCUCCCACACACCCUGACCCCUUCCUGCCACCUAAGCCCAGGGCUGUGCUGUUUACUUCCAUCCACCCAACCUUGUCAGGUAGACUCUCCCGGCCCGGAAACCAGAGCCAUUUGUCAUAGACCCUACGUCAACUGUCACAAAUCCCCAAACAGAGCAGGAAGAGAGCACCGAAAAAACUGAAGGGCUGUGGAGGUGGGGAGGGUUGCGUGGGGAGUGCUGAGGCCAAGAGGACACCCAGAUCCAUAUUCAUCAGCACACAUCACCCCCUGCCAUAAUCUUAAGCCAUUGCUAGACCAAGGGCCUGGUGGAGUGUAGUCUGCCCCGGAUCUGCUCACUCACGUGCUUCCUUUGAAUAUUGAAUGUGACUGUUCAAAGCUGGUAGAAUUAAUCCCUCUUACUGUAGAUAGCACUGCAAGUACUGUUUUCUUCUUUCUUUUUUUUGCUGUGUUCUUUCAGAUGAGAUAUAUAAAUAUCUACAUUAUAUAUAUAUAUGUAUAUUGGGUCUUCCUGCGUGUGGUUUUCCACCGGAGGUUGUCUCUUCUUUGGUCAAAGUGAAUUUAUUUUCCUCUCUGUACAAAGAGCCUACUUUUGUGUAUUCUGGUGGCCGAUGUCAUGAGAUUUAGAGAUGACAAAAUGUAAAACAAAUAAAAACCCUUGUCGAUGUAGAAAGUUAACUGUGCUGUAAAACUAAUAAAGAAACUAAGAAGAGCGC